UGCUAACAGAACGUGACGUCAUCUCCUGCCGCCUCAUCGGUGAACCGAUUCAAAGCUGUUGGCGGUGUAACUAGCUGACUGCUGAGUUCACUUCAAUGGCCCCUCUCAAAUAUGCCAUUAAGUGUGGGAACUUUGCUGUGCUGGUGGAUCUCCACGUUCUGCCCCUGGGCGGCCAAGAGGACACCAGCUGGUUUACUGCGGACCACAUCCAGGAGGUUACAGCCCUGGUUCGAGAUUCUGUGGACCAGAGGGUUAGGCAGUACACAGAGUCCCUCCACAAUAGAAGACAGCCCAAACAGAAGAAGGAGCUGGUACCUGCUUCAGUCUUUUUUGUGAAAGGGGAAAACUUCAACCUGGUGGCCAAUUUUCUGAAGCGGCACUUCAACCUCAGAUGUGUCAACAAGCAGCUCUAUGGGAAUUUGCGUGUGUUUCCUGAACGCUAUGUUGUGUGUGCGAGCUGUCCAGAGGAUGCCGCAACGCGCCAUGGAAACCAGAGCCUGGCCGCGACUCAACUGAGCGAACAAAGCCGAUCGGAAUAUUUUUCCAGAGUGGGAGAAACCCAAGAGCCUUUAAACAGUCCCACAAAAACAAAGAAGACUGUGCUUCAAAAGAUAGCCAAACAAGCUAGAGUCCAGCAAGAGCUCUACGCUUCCAGUGUGGGGGAACAGAAGAUUGACCUGAGAGCCUGUCCCGAAAACCAAAGAGGGGAACUUAGCGCUGCAGAGUCAGUAUCUAGCCCAAAACAGACUGUGCCCAGCUCUGGACAGAAGGCCCUCCCAGAGGCAGACCACUGGAUGCCUUGUCCCAGUGCCUUAAAGGAAGCUCAGAUCGGGAAUACUCAAGAGCAGCAGACUGAGAACAGUCCUCCAGACAGCACCAACCCAAAUGGGGCCUCCGUAGUUUCCUGCCAACAUGAAAUCAGUCAGGAGACAAGAAAGAGCAAGAGGUGCAAGCCAAGCGAUGCAGGGGAAGACCCUCAUCCACAGAGGGCCAAGAGGACGUGCCUUGGACGACCUCCAGCCACAAUGCAAACUCACUCCGAAGAGUGCUCCACACAAACAUCCAAGCACGACCUCUUUCCUCCGCCGCCUCAUCCUCUACUCGAAGCCAAGGCAGAGUCCAAGGCUUUCCCAGUCACCGAGCGCAAGAAAACCACACUGGAAGUGGAGCUGCUUACCCCAGAGAAACGGGCCCAGAGGCUCCCCCUCACAAGCAAUAACACGGCACAGACAAACCAAAACAGGCUGGCCGCAAGUCUGAGGGGCCUAUCUGUCAAGCCUGCAUCCUCAGGCUCCUCUAUUAGUUCCAGAUCCACAUUUGGAGAGGGGGGGAGUGAAAAUGCGCCCAGAACCUCUAGAUUACGAAGACUGAAGAGGUCCUGAGGGGGAGAGACAAGCUAGAGUAAAGACGCCUGACGCCACAGAGAUGAUAUUGUGUCAGGCUACAUGUUCACCUGACGUUUGUACACGUGUCACAUUUUACUACAAUGUCUCUUCUUUUCACAUGUGCUGUACAUUCAAUGCACACACACAUACACAGAUCAAAUGCUGAACACAUUAUGGCAAUUGAUACAUGAGCGUUUGAGUUACGCUUUGUCAAAUACUUGAAACAGACUUUGCCUCCACCCUUAAGUAGUGGUGGUCAAGAGAGGCUCGCAAAUGAAAGUCAAAAACCUUUAAUUGGAGUUUAGAUUUGGUUUUGUGUUAAAGAUUGAGGAUUUCAGACAGGCAGGAGCCAUGCAGUACGUCAUGGCUUUCAGUCUGAACUACUGGCUCCUACGUGUCUGAAAACUGUCCAGUUUCCCCGCUGAAGCUCUGGUGUGAUUGAUUGCUGUUUCCAGAUUUAUUUCAUCACCCCAUUCUAAAAAAUGUCCUUAUGUAGUUCAAUUUCAUUCAUAUACAAUUUCCUCAAUACUUUGUUGCUAGGCACCUGAAUUGUAUCUUUUAAAUUUGAGGGUAUUAUACAGUUGGAUAUUGAACUUGGACCAAAUAUGUGUAGAUGUAUCAACAGUAUUGAAAUAUUAGUGGUCUUUUUUGGGAGUAGCAGGACAUCUACGGUCUCACAGGUUAAAAUGCAGCUGCUGUCGUUGCCCCGACACUCGACAUGGUGUGUUUGGAUCACUAACUUGUCUCUGGCCCAGAUAGAGCAUGGGGCAACUAGGGGCCAACAGUCAUUCAGACCCCCAUGUAAAGCCCAAGAUGUUCCACUUGAUGACAUAAUGUUGCCUGAAUACAUUACUCCCAAUUUAUUUUUCAUUUUACUGGAAAGACAUUUUAUGUUAUAAAUAAAUUCAUUUU